GGUAUUUAACAGAAAAAGAAGAAAAAUCAGGAUAGUUUACUUCUUUUCUGGGCUUCCCACCUCUUAUCUGCACAUAUAUAGUGAGAGAUACAUAGAGAGAGAAGGAAGGAAGGAAGAUGUUGGAAGGGAAAGCUGUGAUAGAAGACACAGACAUGCCAGUGAAGAUGCAGAUCCAAGCUAUGGCCUGUGCUUCUCAAGCUCUGGACAUUUAUGAUGAUGUUCUUGACUGCAAAUCCAUUGCUGCUCACAUCAAGAAGGAGUUUGACAAGGAACAUGGAGGUGGUUGGCAAUGUGUAGUGGGGUCACAUUUCAGUUGUUUCUUCACUCAUAGUAAAGGGACCUUCAUCUAUUUCACCUUGGAGACUCUCAACUUCCUUAUCUUCAAGGGCUCUUCUUCUCCCCCACAGUCUCCUUCAUGAGGCCAGCCGAUACCGAGUCGAAGACAGAAUUUCAAAUUAGUAAUGGUUAUAAUGGUGUAAAUUUACUGCUAGUAAAGUAGCUAAAUAGUCAUUAGUGGAUCCUUUAUCAUUCACCCCACCACAUAUGAAUAUAUACCUGCUAUGUAUGAGUUCAA